AUGGCUCGCUUUGAAGAGGACCUGUCCGGCCGUUAUGGAGGCGGCGGCCCCGCGCCCCCGGCAAGAGGGGUAUACAAGCAGACGAUGGCCCAGAGAGCCCGUACCAUGGCGAUCUACAACCCCAUCCCUGUCAAACAGAGCUGCCUCACCGUUAACCGCUCUCUGUUCAUCUUCAGUGAGGAUAACAUCAUACGGAAAUACGCCAAAAAGAUCACCGAAUGGCCUCCAUUUGAGUACAUGAUCCUGGCCACCAUUAUAGCAAACUGCAUCGUGCUGGCCCUGGAGCAACACCUGCCGGCCUCAGACAAAACCCCCAUGUCCGAGCGCCUGGACGACACAGAGCCCUACUUUAUUGGAAUAUUUUGUUUUGAGGCUGGCAUCAAGAUCAUCGCUCUGGGCUUUGCCUUUCACAAAGGGUCCUACUUGCGGAACGGCUGGAAUGUAAUGGACUUUGUGGUGGUCCUAACAGGGAUCCUGGCCACUGUGGGGGCCGAUUUUGAUCUGAGAACACUGAGAGCGGUGAGAGUACUGCGGCCCCUCAAACUGGUCUCCGGCAUUCCAAGUCUGCAGGUGGUACUGAAGUCCAUAAUGAAGGCAAUGGUCCCUCUGCUGCAGAUCGGCUUGCUGCUCUUCUUCGCCAUCCUCAUGUUCGCCAUCAUCGGCCUCGACUUCUACAUGGGCAAGUUCCAUCGCACCUGCUUCAGAAUAGACACCGACGAACAAGUGGCAGAUUUCCCCUGUGGGAUGGAGGCUCCGGCCAGGACCUGCGAGAACGGCACCAUCUGCAAGGAGUACUGGACUGGACCCAACUUUGGCAUCACCAACUUCGACAACAUCCUCUUCGCUAUUCUCACCGUGUUCCAGUGCAUCACCAUGGAGGGAUGGGUAGAGAUCCUCUACAACGCCAACGAUGCCUCUGGGAACACGUGGAACUGGCUGUACUUCAUCCCCCUCAUCAUCAUCGGAUCCUUCUUCAUGCUCAACCUGGUGUUAGGUGUGCUUUCAGGGGAGUUUGCCAAGGAGAGAGAGCGGGUGGAGAAGAGGCAGGAGUUCCUGAAGCUCCGCAGACAGCAGCAGAUAGAGAGAGAGUUAACUGGGUACCUGGAGUGGAUCUGCAAAGCUGAGGAGGUGAUGCUGGCUGAGGAAGACAAGCAUGCAGAAGAGAAGUCUCUGGAUGGAGCGUGGUACAAAAGGAAACAAACCAACUCUGUGCUCAAAAGGACCAAGAAGAGUAAGAAUGACCUCAUCAAUGCUGAAGAAGGGGAGGACCACUUCACUGACAUCUCCUCUGUUGCCCCCCCAGGGUCACCGUUUGCCCGGGCCAGCUUGAAGAGCAAGAACGAGAACUCAUCGUACUUUAGGAGGAAGGAGAAGAGGCUCCGCUUCACUAUCCGCCGCCUGGUCAAGUCCCAGAGCUUCUACUGGACCGUGCUGUGUCUGGUGGGCCUCAACACGCUGUGUGUGGCCAUAGUCCACUACGACCAGCCGGGGUGGCUCACCUUCGCACUGUACCUGGCUGAGUUUGUCUUCCUGGGCCUGUUCCUGGCAGAGAUGUCCAUGAAAAUGUACGGCCUUGGACCUCAGAACUACUUCCACUCCUCAUUCAACUGCUUUGACUUUGGGGUGAUUAUCGGCAGCAUUUUUGAGGUCAUCUGGGCUGCCAUCAAACCCGGGGCAUCGUUUGGGAUCAGUGUGCUGCGAGCUCUGAGGCUUCUCCGGAUCUUCAAAGUCACCAAGUACUGGAAUUCUUUGAGGAACCUGGUGGUAUCCCUUCUCAACUCCAUGAAGUCCAUCAUCAGCCUGUUGUUCCUCCUUUUCCUCUUCAUCGUAGUGUUCGCUCUGCUGGGCAUGCAGCUGUUUGGAGGACAAUUUAAUUUUGAAGAUGAAACGCCAACAACAAAUUUUGAUACAUUCCCAGCAGCCAUUCUCACUGUGUUCCAGAUCCUCACCGGGGAGGACUGGAACGCAGUCAUGUACCAUGGGAUCGAAUCACAGGGGGGCGUUAAAAGGGGAAUGUUCUCCUCCAUUUAUUUCAUCAUUCUCACUCUCUUUGGAAACUACACGCUGCUCAACGUUUUCUUGGCCAUCGCCGUGGAUAACCUGGCCAAUGCCCAGGAGCUCACUAAGGAUGAAGAGGAGCAAGAGGAGGCCAUCAAUAAGAAGCUUGCACUGCAGAAAACAAAGGAGGCGAAGGAGGUCAGCCCCUUGUCAGCCACUAACAUUUCCAUCACAGCGAGUUAUGUCUGCACCCCAGUCCAUCACUACCUGAGUAAGGAGCAGCAGAAAUCAAUGAAGACCAUGUCGGUGUGGGAGCAGAGGGCCAACCAGCUGAGGAGGCAGAACCAGGCCAGCUGCGAGGCCCUCUACAGUGAGCUAGAGCUCGAGGAUCGUCUGCGCCUGGCCUCGGCCCUACACAUUCGGCCAGACAUGAAGACCCACCUGGACCGGCCGCUGGUUGUUGAGCCUCUGGAUGGGCCUUGCCCUGCUGGCCACCAGCACCAGCACCAUCAUCACAAUGCCUGCAUGCCAGAGGAGGCCGAGUCCGCCACUGAGCGUCCUCCUCCUCACCAGCCCCGCCGCCACCACCGCCACAGAGACCGUGCUAGAACAAGGGAGGAGGCUAACGAAAACGGCGGCACCAGUAAGGACAGGGGGCACCACGUCCAUCACAGCCGCUCUAAAGAGCACGCCGACGACCAGGGCAAACAGGCCAAGGGCGAGCGGUCCCGCAGCCGAGAGGGAGGCAGGAGACGUCACCAUCAGAGUUCAGUAGAUGACAGCGGUGGGGGAGGAGUGACGAGUGAGAGAGAGCACCGGCAUCAUCAUUCACACCGGCAGUCCAGGGGGGGCAACGGGACAGUGAACAGCGGAGAGAGGGGAGAGCGAAGAUCCUGCCCCAAAGAUGGACGUUUGUCAAACAGGGAUGGAGAUAGGAAUUCCAGAGGAGGAGGCGGAGAGAGGAGGAGGCGUCGCACUCAUGGGUCCAGGGGCCAAUCCACAGCUGAAGGGGAGGAGACCAACGAGAAAGAGAAGAGCCACAGUCACAGGUCUGGUGACUCAGAGGGGGAGUCCCUCCCUCUCUCCCCCCAGCAGGGCUCUGGGGAGGGUGACUGGCCGACUGACCGACCAGAGGAUUCAGACAACCAGAGGAAUGUCAGAAGAACCUGCCAAUCCUCCAUCCAAGUUCCUCCUGUGACUAUCAACUCCCCACCUGGAGACACCACCCUCAUACAGAUGAACAGUAUGGACUGUGAGACCAUGCCCAUGAAUGAGAAGACCCUGGGGGAGCUGGGUCUGAGUGGACCCAAACCCAUCCUGCCUUACAGUUCUAUGUUCAUCUUUGGACAGACCAACCCGGUGAGGCGCUUAUGUCACUACAUUGUGACUCUGCGAUAUUUUGAGAUGAGCAUCCUGGUUGUCAUUACUAUGAGCAGCAUCGCUCUGGCUGCAGAGGACCCCGUCUGGACCAACGCCCCGCGCAACAAUGUGCUCAAAUAUCUGGACUAUGCUUUCACUGGGGUUUUCACUUUUGAAAUGGUGAUCAAGAUGGUGGACCUUGGCCUGUUGCUUCACCCUGGAGCCUACUUCAGGGACCUGUGGAACAUUCUGGACUUCAUAGUGGUCAGUGGGGCGCUGGUGGCUUUUGCAUUUUCGAGCUUCAUGGGUAGAUCGCAACAAGGUGUAACCAGGGGAACCAAAGGCAAAGACAUCAGCACCAUCAAGUCACUGAGAGUUCUCCGAGUGCUCAGGCCUCUCAAGACCAUCAAACGCCUGCCAAAACUCAAGGCGGUGUUCGACUGCGUAGUCAAUUCUUUGAAGAACGUGCUGAACAUCCUCAUUGUCUACAUCCUCUUCAUGUUCAUCUUUGCCGUCAUCGCAGUUCAGCUGUUCAAAGGGAAAUUCUUCUACUGCACAGACGAGUCCAAGGGUCUGGAGAAAGACUGCAAAGGACAGUUCCUAGACUACCACACAGAAGAGGUGGCGGCGAUGCCCAGGGAGUGGAAGAAAUAUGAGUUCCAUUAUGACAACGUGCUGUGGGCCUUCUUGACCCUCUUCACUGUCUCCACUGGGGAGGGCUGGCCAACCGUCUUAAAGCAUUCUGUGGACGCUACCUUUGAAGACAAGGGCCCCAGUCCAGGCUACAGGAUAGAAAUAUCUAUCUUCUAUGUGGUCUACUUCGUGGUCUUCCCUUUCUUUUUUGUCAACAUCUUCGUUGCUCUGAUCAUCAUCACCUUCCAGGAGCAGGGGGACAAGGCCAUGUCUGAGUGCAGCCUGGAGAAGAAUGAGAGGGCUUGUAUUGACUUUGCCAUAAAUGCCAAACCUCUGACCCGCUACAUGCCCCAGAACACGCAGUCCUUCCAGUACAGGAUGUGGAAGUUUGUGGUCUCACCUCCAUUUGAGUACUCCAUCAUGAUCAUGAUCGCCCUCAACACUGUGGUGCUGAUGAUGAAGUUCCACGGAGCGCCAGACUUUUAUGAAGCGAUGCUGAAGAACCUCAACAUCGUCUUCACCACCCUCUUUUCUCUGGAGUGUAUCCUCAAGAUCAUUGCUUUUGGUCCUCUGAACUACUUAAAGGAUGCCUGGAACGUGUUUGACUUUGUCACAGUGUUGGGCAGCAUCACUGACAUCCUGGUGACUGAAAUCAAUGUAAGUGACAGGCUGCUGAACCUGAGCUUCCUGAGGCUCUUCAGAGCGGCUCGGCUCAUCAAGCUGCUGAGACAGGGCUACACCAUCCGCAUCCUGCUCUGGACCUUCGUCCAGUCGUUCAAGGCCCUGCCUUAUGUUUGCCUUCUGAUUGCUAUGCUGUUCUUCAUCUAUGCCAUCAUUGGGAUGCAGGUGUUUGGCAACAUUGAGAUGAACGAGGACACAGCCAUUAAUCACCACAACAACUUCCGCACUUUUCUCCAAGCUCUCAUGCUGCUGUUCAGGAGUGCGACCGGUGAGGCCUGGCAUGAGAUCAUGUUGUCGUGUCUGAGUCACCGAACCUGCGAUGAGCGAUCCGGCUCCCAGGGGAAAGAGUGCGGCAGUGAUUUUGCUUACUUCUACUUUGUCUCCUUCAUCUUCCUCUGCUCCUUCCUGAUGCUGAACCUGUUCGUGGCGGUGAUAAUGGAUAACUUUGAGUACCUAACCAGAGACUCCUCCAUCCUGGGGCCUCAUCACCUCGAUGAGUUCAUCCGGGUUUGGGCCGAGUACGACCCGGGUGCAUGUGGCCGUAUCAAGUACCUCGAUAUGUAUCAGAUGCUGCUCCACAUGUCCCCACCGUUAGGUUUGGGAAAGAAAUGUCCGCCAAGAGUCGCCUACAAGCGCCUUGUCAAAAUGAACAUGCCCAUCGCCGAGGACAACAGCGUCCACUUCACCUCAACCCUGAUGGCCCUCAUCCGCACUGCCCUGGAGAUCAAACUGGCCUCAGGCAUGGUAGCCCAGCGACUCUCUGACACUGAGUUAAAGAAGGAGCUGUCCACAGUGUGGCCCAGCCUCUCUCAGAAGACCAUGGAUCUGCUGGUGACACCACACACUGCCAAUGAGCUGACGGUGGGGAAGGUGUAUGCGGCCCUGAUGAUCUUUGACUACUACAAGCAGAACCGAGCGCGGAGGCUGCAGCUGCAGCAGCAGAAGGGCGCAUCAGGCUCACAGUGCAAGGUCGGGGCUCUGUUUAAGCCACUGCUGCCUCUGACUCACAUGCAGGAGAAAGAUCUGCCUAUGAUGCUAAACAGUGUGGAGCCUCCCAGCAUGCUACAGUCCAAAUCCAAGUCCCAGCCACAGACCAGACCUAGCUCCAACUCCCUCAACAACGGAGGCACACUGCCAGGACAUGAGCACAGCAUGAAGACAUCAUCUUCCUGGGUGAUGGAAAAACCCAAGGAAGCGUCCCGAGCUAAGACUAAAAGGACCUUGUCUAGGGGCCCCUCAGAGGACACACCGACCCCUCCCGUCAUUGAGGAGUCUGUGGAGAUGAGGAAGAUGGAGACCAGUGCCAGCAGCACACUCCCGGUCCCUGGCUGCAGUCUGGAGAACCAGGCCCGAGCGGCUUCCAUGCCUCGCCUCAACGCUGAGCUGCAGUCUGUCCCUGAUGAGAGCCCUAUGAAGCGCUCAGCCUCCACUGUGGCCCCACAGCGGCCCCAGGAGGUCAACCUGAGGGACUACACCCUGGAAAAGCCCAGCCAGGACCGAGUCCACCACCACCACCACCACCGCUGCCACCAUCACAGAGACAGGGAAAGAGACAAAGACAGAGAGAGGAGACAGAGGUCUCUGGAUACCCCUCUAGGGGGACAACCCCCCGGCUCUGCUGGUGCAGCAGGAGAGCUGGAGUCUGACCCGGCGGCCUCCAGGGAGCGAGCCCACGACCGCGGCCGCUCCCACGACAGGAAGCACCACUCCUCCGCUGACAAGCAGCGCUACUACUCCUGCGACCGCUACUGCAGCCGGGAACACUGCCACACUAAGUCUGCCACCACUAGCUGUGCCGCCUCCCCCAGCGAGGGGCAGGACACCAGCAACAAGCAGGGCAGUGGUUGGGAUAAAGGCGGCCCAGUGGCACUGAGUUCCAGUUCUAGAACGUCAAGCCGUGGACGUCGGCUGCUCCCACAGACUCCCCUCACCCCGCGGCCCGGGGUGGCUUACAAGACUGCCGACUCCUCUCCUGUGCACUUUGUGUCCGGCCAGGCCUCUCUGAGUCCCGGCCGGCUGAGCCGCGGCCUGUCGGAGCACAACGCCCUGCGGCACAGCGGCUCCCACCACCUCCCCUGCCCCGUCACUCGUAUCAGCUCUGAGCCAUUCCUGGGACGGGGCCACAGCGAGGCCCCGGGCAACCUCUAUGGCAGCCUCCGGGACCAGCUGGACGUCUUUCAGGAUGCGGUUUCACGGUCGCCCAGCCCCCGUGCCGGACGCUCAUCUCGGACCGCACUUCCUCGCAUCAUAGGAGACGCACUUCCUGCUCCGCAGCAGAACCUUGCGGUGCCCAACGGGUUCCACUUCAGCUCCGGGGGCAGCAGCAGCCCUGGCUCUGGGGUCAGUGCCCCCAGAUAUUACCAGGAGGCAGAGGAGGACGAAUGGUGCUAGCAUGGCUUUAACCCUUCUGAAUGCAUCUUUGAGGAGCUGUGAUGAGUUUUAUCAUCUUCUUUGAAGGUUUGAGUUUACAUUGUCGAUGUGUGUGUUCCAUGCUGUGUUUUGAUCCUAACUGAGAGCAAAGGGGAGGGAGAACACCCACACCGGGGGAAAGCUUAGAAUAUUUGAAUGUGAACAAAAAAGUGUCCUCUUUAUGAAAAGACACAUGAAAGAGUAGGCUUUAUAUGGGAUGUCUUACAGCAGCUGUCCUCGCUUUGGCUUCAGUGUUCUGUCGACACCGCCAUAUUGACCCUAUUGAAGAGAAACACAGACUGUAAAGAACAGACCGGAGGAUUCAAAUAAACUACCAGACCUGCUGAUGGCUUUCAUAUCUGCAAAAGUGAUGAUGAAUACUUUGCUCAUGUGUGUGUGAUAACUGAGUAGCAAAGACACGUGCCUCAUUUGGCCUAAUUUUACAAACGGCAAUGUUCCAAAACCUAAAACUGCAUUAUUAUUUGGGGGUAGCACAACAACCUGUGAAUACAACAUAGACAUAUAGUUAUGGUUUUAUAAAGUUUACAAGCUUAAAGCGUGACUGUGGCAGGGAGCUCCAUGAGGUUAUUGCUGCUCAUGACUGUAGAUCAGGGGGGUCCAAACUUAUUGCAAUGAGGGCCACAUACAGCAAAACAUAUGAAGGGCUGGGCCCCUCACUUAAGGAGAGGUAAGUUAUAAGUUAGCAAAAUCAAUUCAAUGUAGCUAAAUGAUGCUUGAUACUUGCUUUAAGAAAAGAAAACACCCUACAUCAAACCUCUCCAUAGGGUUUACUUUAUAUAUUUAGAAGCUCAUCCCUUUAAAACAGAAGCCUCUGAUUGCUUAUAAUAAGAGGAAAUAGGAAGGGUAUAUGUCAAGCUUUUUAUUUACAAUAUAAGUUAUCAACUAAGAUUUGUUAGAACAUGUUUUCAUCUUUAAUUGAUGGAAUUUAUUUUGGGCUUAUUAACACAUGAAUACUACUGUGUUAUAUCUGUUUACAUGUAUAUUUAAGAAGUACAGUAUAAGACAAGCACAAAUUUCAUUAUACUUUGUAAAUUGACUGAGGGCCGUAGUUUGGACACCCCUGCUGUGGAUCGCUGCUUACACACAGUGUUAGAACAUGUGGCGCAGCAUCACAAACAGCAUCAUGGGAGAGACACAACGUUUGCAUUAUAAUAUAAAUAUGUCUAAAUUCUCACAGAAUCUAUCCACAGGUUAGAAGUCACCUCAUCAAACUUCAAAAUGACAGCCAAUAGCACAACACAUGGAACAGGCUUCAAGCUAUAGUAGUAUUGAUUCUAUCUGCAGGCCUGGAAGCAUCUGAGAGUGAAUAUGGGGGUUUCAGCAUAAAGAAAUGGAGCUGCAAGUGAUGGAAGCAGGACAACAUGAGUAACUGAGUGAGUGAAAGCAUGGCAGUGUACAAACAGCUGUGUUGUUCUUUAGUUUAGGACUUUACCAUUCCAUGAUGACGCCUAAUCCUUUGUGACAUUCCCUUUGGGUCAGUGGAGCAGACAGGCGCCGUCGUACAGGCGGCGCCGAUUGUUUUGUCCGUCAAAGAGACGCUUCGUACAUGACGGACUGUUUGUUUUCUAUAAAAAUGUCCUUGUGGAUUUUAUUUUAUUUCUUUUGCAUUGUGGACAUUUUUUUAUAUGACAUGAAAAACAAAGGUUAAUGUGAACUGCUUGCCAUUGUUUCAGGUGUAAUGUUUCUUACAGACUUCUUUGCAAUGUUUUAAGACAAAGUGCCUAUCCUUCUAGAUAUACUGUAGAAAAAAAAAGAUGCAAUGUCAACUGUUUUCAAAUGCAUCCUCACUGGAGUAGAUUCAUUCUUUAUGUAGCAGUGCAGGAAAACAUGUUGUACAGAAAGCCUUAUCUGCAAGAACAGAAGUCUACCUGCUGUGUGCUUAAAGGGCAGGAAUGGAGAAAAUGGAAGAAGAUUGUUUUUCUUGCUUUUGAUAAACCACAAAAUCAUGUUCGGAGGGGGAGGAGGAGCAAGAGUCAGCUUUGUGGAAACAUUAUGCGUGCAUUCAACACUUUAAACUACAGUGUAACGGGCCAGUAACACACUGGGAGAGAGGCCUGGGUCCUGGUGAGCAGGUCAGGGUGUGCUAGCUAAGUGUGUGGGUCAGCUGAGUGUGCAUUGUGAUUCAGACCCAGAGUAGCAAAGGGGGAUCUAUGUAGUGUUAUUUGAGUCAAGUUGGGCUGUGUGCGUGUGUGUGUGUGUGUGUGUGUG